UUCAUUUUUCCAUGGUUUCCCUCAGUAACCAGACUGUCCCUGCCUCCCCAAACCCCAACUGAGGUCGGACUUUAAAGUCGUCAUGAGACAGCUAAAGGUUUAGUCCAUGAGCACUGUCACCAUGGAAACGUCACCUCUGAACAAACAUAAAGCUGACUGAUCGUUCAUCAGCUUUUGUUUUCUAGCGUCUCUUCCGGCGGUGCAUGUUUGAUUCCUCCACAAUAAAACCCCCCUCCCUGUCACACUGCGGCGUGUCGUGAUGCGUUCACUGUUAGGGAACGGCCCACCUGCGGCUCACCUGCCAGCCCGUCUCGUGUGUACAUCAGGGUCCGGGAGUUAGCAGCGCCUUCUCCUCCAAGGGAGCUCCGAUAAGAUGGCGGAUUAACGAGCUGACGUUUAUUUCACCGACGCUGCAGUGACGGUUAGUCCCUGCGGAGGGGUGCGGGAUCAGAUGCGGGAUAUUUACGGUUUUCCGGCUGAGGUUUUCCGGUGGUGACGCCGGCAGACGGCUAACUUCAGCUCUCUGCUGCGGCAUCUCGGCCGAAGCCGCUCCGCACGUCCUCUGACCGCAAAACCGCAGGGGCAGGAUCCCGGUUUUGACACAAACCCGGGUUUAUCAGGGGUUUUAUUGGUUCCAACUGUCAGGUUAGUGCACCGAGGACUAAAGGGGCCCUUUGUGGAUAAUUCGGGCGCAGGUACACCUCUGAGUGAUGCGAACUGCGGGACUCUGAUCCCGGAGAGUCUAACUGCAGAAUCACAUUACAAUCGCCUUUUUUCUUUGAAGAUAGCCCGGUUUAUUUUGGAUAAUCUCAUUCUAAACUUGAAGUGGGUAGAUUCAGGACUGACGGGGGCCUUUGUGGAUAAUUUGGCUCCAGGUAAAAUCCUCCUGGGCUAUGGAGACAUGAGAUACGGGCCGGACCAGGAACCCGACCGGAGAGAAGCGGAGCCUGCAGCGGAGCCUAGCAUCAAGAAAACCAGUUUUUAGUCUCCAUCCGGCUUAUUCAGGAUUUUUUUUUCAGCCGCAGAUUUUGAGCCGCAUGUCCCGGACCACGGGGGGUCUCUGAGGAUCAUCCGGAACCAUGGGGACUCAGGGACCGGGCCGGAAGAGGAUCCCGAACCGGGAGAAACUGACCGGAGAGGACGAUGCACUGAACCAGAUCGCCCGGGAGGCGGAGGCACGGCUGGCAGCUAAGCGGGCCGCGAGAGCCGAGGCCCGAGAAAUCCGCAUGAAGGAGCUGGAGCGACAGAAAGAGCUGUUUCACAGUCAUAAGAAGUAUUACGGUGUGGAUAAUAAGUGGGGUCACAUUGAGCAGUGGAUGGAGGAUAGUGAGCGGUAUUCUCGCCACUCUCGGAGGCACGCGUCGAUCUCUGACGAUGAGGAGAGGAUGUCAGUUGGGAGUCGAGGCAGCCUCAGGCCUUCGGACUACAGCGGGUUUCUGGGUUCGGGUUCUCGGGCCUCUUCCAGGGCCAGUUCAGCUCGGGCAAGCCCAGUGGUGGAAGAGAGGACAGACAGAGAGUUCCCAGAUAAAGGCUCUAGGACGGCCUCGACGCUCUCAGCAGCCACUCUGGCCUCGCUGGGCGGAGCCUCAUCUCGCAGAGGAAGCUGUGACACGUCAUUCUCCGUAGAAACCGAAGCGUCCAUUAGAGAGAUGAAGGACUCUCUGGCGGAGACUGAGGAGAAGUACCGUAAAGCGAUGGUUUCUAACGCUCAACUGCACAACGAGAAGUCGACUCUGAUGUAUCAGGUGGAGACGCUGAGGGAGGAGCUCAACGAAAUGGAGGAGCUGCUGUGGGAGACGCGGCGCCGCUGCGACGAUGCACACAAGGAGUGGGAGCGUGAGCGUCAUGCUCACAGCUUACUGCAGUUUCACUUCAAAGACAUGAAAGAAACUCUGAGAAAGACUGAGGAGCUGCUCACGGAAGUGGCUGACCUGCGUUUGAAGAGCAGCAGUUACUGUCAGGAAGUUUCUGACCUGCAGGAGGCGCUGCAGUGGAAAGACAAAAAAAUCGGGGCGUUGGAACGGCACAGAGAAAUCUUGGACAUUGUUUGCAUUGAGCGUGACCGGCUCAGAGACGAGGUGGUUCGACUGCGAGAUUUACUAAAGAAAAAUGGGGUAACCAUCUCUCCUGACAUUACCACCAAUGGGGAUGCGGAACUCGGUGGGAACGAGGACGAUAUAAGUGCAGAAUCUGCCUCUCGACUGGCUCAGGAGUCUCCUCAAGGUGGCAGAGAGAACAUGCUUGAGUUUCGGCUGAAAAAACUUUUUGAAGAAAGAGAGAGUUUACAGGAUCAGGUGAGGCUACUGCAGUCUCAGCUGGAUCAGAGACAGAAGAUCAUCACAGAAGGAGUUCAGAAUACAGAAAACGAUGGUCUGGAGAACGGGAUGGACUCUCAUCUGCUAGAACUGCAGAGAGAUGCCAACAGACAAAUCAGUGACCUUAAAUUCAAAUUAGUGAAAUCUGAACAGGAAGUCACCACGCUUGAACAAAAUGUAAUCCGUCUGGAGGGUCAGGUGAGUCGCUAUAAAGGGGCGUCGGAGAAUGCAGAGAAGAUCGAAGAUGAGCUAAAGGUAGAGAAACGAAAGCUGCAGAGAGAGCUCCGCUCAGCUCUGGAUCGGAUUGAUGAGCUGGAGGCCAGUAACAGCCACCUCUCCAAGCGCCUGGAGAAGAUGAAGGCCAACCGUAAUGCCCUGCUAGCCCAGCAGUGAUUGCUCUUCCCAUCUUCAUCUCCAGAGACAAUCAGACCUGAACAGAAUGUCUUUGCGAGUGCUUGAUUUUACUCUAAAUAAGCACCAGAUAUGUGGAGUUUGCUGAGGCAGUGAAAACAAACCAAAACCCGAAUCUGAGAAAAUGAAAUGUGAUCUUUAAUGUAGCUCUGUGAACACAUGCCAUCCAUAGUCAUGGCAGGAUUUACCACAUCGGACUUCAGACUGUAGCAUUGUCCAUCCAUCAAGCCUCAGAGGACAAAAAAACAGAGCAGAUCGAGCCAGGAGACACAAAAACCUCCACUGCAUUAAAGCAAUGUAUUCUAGUUCAACAUCCACGUAUUUUAGUUCCAGAGGUUAGAGCAAAAAUCAUCAUGUUGGCUCAACACUCUUUACGCCCCAGCAGAAGCUAAGAAAUUCUGGUUCCACUCAGUAUGUCUUUACUGGAGCCAUUUGUAGAAGCUUCAUAGUACAUCCAUGGUUAUCUUGCUUAAACAAUCCCAUAUCGAGCAUUAUCUGUGGACAUGGAAGUCCAUAUCCAGUCUUUCAUCAAAUAGUUUACACAUGAUAGGUGAUGAAAAAGGAGUGAUCACUUUUCAAUGCUUGUGGACAGUUUAGUCAGUGACUGGAAGUGAUUUAUUUAGUCACCAGCCUCACUGUGCUUUUAUCAAUCCCUAAAGGCUGAGCAAUGCUACCUGUACUCAGUAUUUUAUUGUUUUUCCUUUUCUUUUUAGGAAAGCCUCAACCUUAAGCAGCCUCAAAUAGAUAUAUAUGAAUAGUUGUGGCUUUUGAAAAAUGUUCUUGUUCAUGUUAGUGAGGUCUGUUGGAACAAAACCAAACCAAAUAUAUUUAUGCGGCAUGACUGCAGCACAUCUUCUCACAAUAUAUAGGUUGCCUUGAACAAAAUAUGUUUCAGUAGUCCAUAUAUUAUAGGGUAAAGUUUUCAUGAGCAUUUUUAAACAAGAGCUGAAGCAGGAAAGUGCCUAUGAAAUCGCCCCAAAUUCAGUGUUUUAUCAUCAUAUCCAACCUCUCCCCUGAUUUUGUAUUUAUUUAGCUAUUAUCCAAUAUCUAAAGGUCACAUUACAGAAUGUGCAGACUUAAAAACAAAACUAAGCAAACAGAAUGUGACCAUUUAUCUGUGUUUUUACCCUCUGACGCUCCUAAUGCACAUUAAAAACCAUCAGAGCUGCAGUCGUGGUGUCCCAGUGUGGGUAAACAUCGCCCACCUGGCCCUCCAGGUGUGUUAAAACAAACUCUACAUCUGCCUCAUCAGCAUCCAUCUGUGUGCAGUGUGGCACUACCUCUUCUCCAAUACUUGGGGGCGCAGUUUCCCUCAGAGACUGGACAGGAACCUAACCCAGAUAGCAGUGCCCAGCCCCACCCAGUAUAUUUUAUUGAUGGAACCAGGCAACAGAAGGAGGUGUGGCCACAGUGGAGGAGGUCCUCUUGUGUCUCUGUGUUGGGUUUUAGGACUUUUCUUGGCACAUGGGAUGUUAAAUCACCAGCUUGUAAAUGUAAUGAAUGAAUGAAUGAAGAGUUUGAAUUGCUGUUUUGAUCCAGUGAGAGGGAUUUUCUACGGCAGCACCUAUGUUUGUCUCUCUGGGUGUUGAAGGAUGUUUGGAUCAAACUCUUCAAGUGUUAAUCUGAUAAUCAAUAAUCUCUGAUGUUUUUGUGAAUGUACGGGUCGCUGCCUGCUGAGCAGAAAUCAUCAAUACAAGCUGAUCCUGAUCAUUCAGUGUGCAAUAUUUUAUCUCAUGUUUGGGGAAACUUUCAUCUAUUUUAUUGUAUCGGCUGUCCUAUUGAUUAGGAUGCGGGGUGUCAAUAUAUCAGUCAGUGGGGUUUUAUUGAUUUUAUUGAUCAGUGUGAUGGAGUAUUCAAUUAAACUCAUGCAAUAUCUCA